AUGCCUUCUAUUCAAAGUGCUUCAUUACCAUUCGAAUCUAAUAACAUUGCUAAUGACUAUUUAAAUUCUAAGCAAUGUAUUUCACAAACAACACAGCUAUUAUUAAAUGAUAGUAAAAUAUCACUCAAUUCUGAUACGGGUACAGCGAUAGCAGCUAUAAAUCCUCCUUUUACUCUUCGCGUCGUUAAUCCAGAUUUAUCAGAUGAAGAUGACCAUAAUAAACAAUAUAAACCCACUUUAAAUCCAAGCAUUAUUUCAACUCCUGAAGAAAUGAAUAAAGAUCAAGAAGAUAUCAUUACUGUCGAAGGAUUGGAAUUUUUACCUCCUCUAAAGCGAUUACCUCCUCUUUUAAGUACCAUUAAAGAAUCUCAUUUAUUAUCCGAAUCUUCGCCUCCAAAAUUACCGCAACAUCAUCCUGAUUUCUUUACUUCUACUACCUUGGGUAAAGGGGCUCCUUCUAUAGCUCAACAAACUCAACAUCAACAUAAUCCUUUACUCACAUCUUCCUCUACUGAAUUACCUACUCAUCUCUUGCAACAACAGAAAUCUUCUUCGAGAUAUUCUAAAGCCUCUUAUAGUCUUACAAGUCAUCCUGAUGCUAUUAAGCUCUAUCGAUCCAUGGCUUUAAAAACAAAUGAUCGAGUUGUUCAACUUACUUAUGCUAAAUAUCUUUUAGAAGUCGCCCAUCUUUAUUCAGAGAAUCGACCUUCCUAUUCAUCCAAUCUAUCAUCCACAUUACCUCUCUUACUGAAACGACCUCGUAAAGAGAGUUUAAGUUAUUAUCAACAACAAAAGAGACCCAACAGUAUGAAUGAUGACAGUCGUCGUAGUAGAACAGCAACAACAGCAAUAAUGGAAUCAGAUGAUAAGACCAGUACAAAAUUUAAAAAGAGAAAAAUGUUGGAAGAAGAAGGUGUCAGAUGGAUUAAACGAUUAGCUUACGAACAUGUUGGAGAAGCAGCUUAUUUGCUAGCCUUAUGGUAUGAUCGAGGCAUGUAUGGUUUUCGAAAGAAUACAACACGUGCAUUAAAAUUUUAUGAAGUUGCUGCAAAAGAAAAAGUACCCGAAGCCAUGUUUGCUGUAGGACAAUAUCAUGAAAGGGAACAAGAUUAUAUGACUUCUUUUCAACUUUAUGAAGAAGCUGCCGGUUUAGGGCUUGUUGAAGCACUCUAUAGAAUUGCAAUGAUCAAUUUAAAUGGAGAGUUUGGUUCAAGACGUAAUGUAAAUGGAGCCAUUCAAUUAUUAAUUAAAGCAUCUGAAAAAUCAACAGGUUCUUGUCCUGACGCACCAUAUACCUUAGGAUUACUUCUUACAAAUGAUUACCCAUCUGUUAAUAUACCAAGUGAAUUAAUUCAAAGCUAUGGUGGUACAUUUGCAGCUAUAACUUAUUUUGAACAUGCAGCAGAAAUGGGUUUAGCAGUAGCUCAGUUUCGUUUAGGUUACAUUUAUGAGCAAGGCCUUUAUGGCAUAAGAGUGAAUAUGACAAAGGCUAUUUUUUAUUAUGAAAUGGCUGCAAACGAAAAUAAACAUAGUUAUGCUAUGUACAAUCUUUCUCAAAUUUAUAAUCAAGGUGUUAAAGUGCCUCCUAAUCAACUUAAUGAUCAACUCGCUUUAUUUGAACAGGAUGAAUCUAAUUGGAUUAAAACACAUGCUCGAGAUGAAGAUGCAGCCUUUAAGUGGUGUCAAUUAGCUGCAGAUCAAAAUUUGCCUGAUGCAUGCUAUCUGUUAGGAUGGUAUUAUGAAAUGGCUAUUGGUGCACCAAGAGAUUUUCAACAGGCGCAUUAUUAUUAUUCCAAGGCAAUCUGGGAUACUGCAGGACAAGAGCGUUUUCAAUCAUUAGGUGUUGCAUUUUAUCGUGGUGCUGAUUGUUGUGUAUUAGUUUAUGAUGUAAAUGAUAAUCAAAGUUAUGAAUCCCUUGGUCAAUGGCAUGAUGAAUUUUUGGUACAAGCUUCACCGCGUGACCCAGAUAAUUUUCCUUUUGUUGUAUUAGGUAACAAGAUUGAUGUUGAUGAGUCCAAGCGUAUGGUCUCUCAAAAACGAGCUAUGGCAUUCUGUCAAGCUAAAGGCAAUAUCCCUUAUUUUGAAACUUCUGCUAAAGAUGCUAUUAAUGUUGAACAAGCUUUUCAAACAAUCGCAAAGAAUGCACUUCAACAAGAAGCUGAUGUUGAACUUUAUAAUGAUGUUAGUGACCCUAUUCGUAUUGAUAGUGAUAACAAUAGAGAUUAUAGUAAUGGAUGUGCUUGUUAA